AUGUCACGUUACGAUAUUGUGCUAUAUGGUGCUAGUGGUUUCACGGGAACCUAUGUUCUUAAAUUGUUGAUUGAAGAACAAAAAAAGCAGAAUGUAAGUUUUGCUAUUGCUGGACGAAGUGAAGCUCGGUUAAGGAAACUCCUCGAGAGUACAGGCAAAGAUCUACAAAAUAUCUCUAUAAUUAUUGCCAACAGUUAUGAUGAGUCUACGUUAGCAGCAAUGGCGAAGCAAGCAAAAGUCAUCAUAAAUGUUGUUGGACCUUAUCGAUUAUAUGGAGAAGCAGUUGUAAAGGCUGCUGUGGAAAAUGGUGCUAGCUAUGUGGAUAUUUCGGGAGAACCUGCGUUCUUGGAAUCGAUGCAAAUGAAAUACAGUGAUGUUGCUCAAAAAAAUGGUUUAUAUGUGGUUGGUGCAUGCGGUUGGGAUAGCAUUCCGUGUGAUUUGGGUGUUAAUUUUCUGAAGGAGAAAUUUAACGGUCAACUAAAUCAUGUGGAAACAUUUGUGCAAUUAAAUACAGGACCUGCGGGUUAUUCGUUCAAUGCGGGUACAUAUCGUACUUUAGUUUUGGGCUUGGCAAAUAUGAUGACCGAUGGCUUGGGUAAAAUAAGACGAAGUAUUAUGCCAGAACGGCUGCCAAAAAGCUCGUUCCGUGCACCGAAGAGGGGUACUUUUUGGUUCAAUGACAAAAUUGAUGGAUGGUGCCUUCCAUUUUACGGAUCAGACAAGAGUGUCGUUACUCGAUCUCAAUAUUUUGACUACAAGCUCCACAACGUUUUACCAGUGCAAGUGGAAACAUUCAUUCGAGUCAAGUCAUUUAUUUGGGCUUUUCUUCUUUCUCUGUGGCUUGUGGUUAAACAAGCGUCGUUUACUUACUGGUUUUUUGGUACUGGUUGGACAGAAAAGCACAGCUCUUUGGACGAAUACAAGGUUAAACCAGCUAAACAGAUGGUAGCUCGUUGUGUGGGCCCGGACGCCGGUUACAUUUCCACAUCAGCUUGCGUUUUAGCCGCUGCAUUAUCGCUGCUCAAUGAUGCUGAUAAACUUCCACAAGGUGGCGUAUACACAUCAGCGGCAGCAUUCAAAAACACAGGAAUUUAUGGUUGUCUCGAGAAAUAUGGUGUUCGAUUCGAAAUUGUUGACGAGCUUCACUGA